CAACAGCAGCAGCAGCAGCAAACAACCCUUCAGUCGUAGAGACUUUUCCUUCAUUAUAUCAAAGUGUCUGGAUAUGCACGCUGUUUGCCCUCCAACAUGCUGAGCACCAAAGUUUCCUGCGUGGGAAUGAUGAGCGCCGCCGUGGGGAUGGACCGCAGCAGGGUAGGGGAGAGGCUGCAGGCCGCCGUGGCCGGGUUGCAAGAGCUCCAUCUGCUUCGGGACAGACAGGGCGACAUGGUGAGCUGGGCGCUCGGGGUGAACCGGGAAGAGCCGCUCGCUCGCCUGCACGCCGGUCCGGAGGACGCCGGGAGGAGGAUGGGGGCGGAGGAGCAGCGGUUGGAGGCGACCCUCACAGCUCUGAAGCAACAGCUGUCUCGUCUUCGGAAACAGGAUGUAGGACUGAAGACUCACCUCCAGCAGCUUGACCAACAAAUAAGUGAUCUGAAGCUUGAUGUAAGCAAGGCGUCCACUGAGCAACUGGAGAGUGACAGCAGGCCAAGUUCAGGUUUCUAUGAGCUCAGUGAUGGAGGCUCUUGCUCCUUGUCAAACUCCUGCACAUCUGUGUACAGCGAGUGUCUGUCAUCUUCCCAGACAAGUCUUCUCCUCCCUCCCACAAGUCCGGCUAAUUGUCAAGUUAACCCUGCAUUACACGCUGAUGUAUACCGUCGUCGUUCCGCUGAUGAAGUUGCAACCCACCCCAACCCUACCCGGGCAACAGGCCUUCAUCUGGGGAGCAGUAGGAUCAGAGCAAGCUCUACUGUCACUGAACUUGGACGACCAAGACCUGUGUCAACAGGUGACCUAGACAGGAUGAUGACUCUAGGGCUGAACUAUAAACCAGUGGAUGCUAAGAAACCACCACAUCCUAACAUCCCCACAAUGAACCCUAAGUUCCAGAGCAAUCUGGUGUCCCGCAGUGGAAUUGAAUUGUACCACUACCCAAGCCCCUUGCAUGCCAUCGCCCUCCAAAGUCCGAUCUUUUUCAAUAGUGGGGAAUCGGCCAUACCUGGACUUAUAGAUGGAGACAAGCCCCCAGUGAGUGAUUCUGACAUGCUCCAUGAGGGUACUGAAAUGGGAUGUGAUACCAAUACUCUGGGUUACAUUGACAAACUUCUCCAGCGUAGCUACAACAAAAUCCACAUUCAAAUGGCACCUGAGGCUGUGCAGACAGACGGCAACUAUCAGAGGAAACCACCUGAAGUCGUAACUGUGUUUCCUCAGAAACCGGUAUCUCUCCCUCAGCCUCCCCCAACUCAAGCCACAAACAUCAUGCCACUAGAUAAUGAACAGAGGAGACACUGCAUGACACAUUCCUGUCCAGAAACAACUGAUAACACAGGCCACCAACAGUCUGAGAGACCUCAGGAGGUUUCAUAUAGGUAUUCAUAUCCUGCUGUCGUGAGAGAGUACAGCUCUGAUGAGGUCACUACUUCAACACUGAGGAAGAAGAACAAAACACAUGUUAGUUUUUUGUCAAGAGGCCACACAGAAAAGGUAUGUGGAGACUGCCUACAAACAAGGCCCACAGACAAGAAGGGUCAUAUGCAAAGACCAGUCACGUCACACAGUUCAAGCGCAGAUGACAAUCAAGUCUUUGAGGUGCAAAAUGGCCACACUGGCUCCCCCCAGUUUGUCCAUGCCAAAUUUGUCCCUGCUGGAAUUCAGAGGGUCAAAGUGAGACAAGUUGAUCGUAAAACCAAAGCAGUAAAACUCAGACGAAAGAGCAGUGAGAAGCCUCGAGCACUGAGGCAGCAGCACACCUACUCAUCUGGCGAACGAACCCGAGAAUCCAGUGGGUCCAAGGGCGAACUGAGAAGACCAGGAAAGGGGAAGGUGUUCCAGAAAUACCCCUGCUGUCCAAGUGAGGAGCACAAACAAGGUUCAGGCUCAGACUCAAGCCAAUGUGGCGCCGGAAUAAUCUACACCCACAAGGUCCAUACGAAGCCACACCCUGCUCCAGCUGCUACCAAGUCCAGCAAAAGCCGCAGAUUGCAAUGCGGUGAGUACGAAAGGCCUGCAGAUCAGAGGAAGAAGAGGCAAGGGGCUGCCAAGUGGAUAUCUGAUGGGGAGAAGUUCCAAGCCUUGUGUGCUCAAUAUCAGAAGUCCAAAGACUUCUAUGCGCAUGCACCAGGGAGUAUGCAUUUAGACCGCAGUACAAGCGCCAAGUCAGGCCACUGGAUAGGACCUCAUCGUCCUUCCACAUCAUCUAACUCAUUCAAUGCAAAACUCAAUGCCAGAUACCCCCCAGCACCCUACCACAUGUCCAGCCUCUACCCACCUCGAUGCGAGUCUGAGUACUCAGCUGAGUGCAUGUCACUCUUUCAUUCCACCAUUGCCACAAGCAGCGAUGGGGAGCUGAGCGAUAACACCACCAAUCGCUUUGGAGAUAGUGAGUCCAGCCAGAGUUUCCAAUCCUUCUCCGACUCUGACAGCAGCCUGUCCAUGGAGGACGGGGACCAUCUGGAUAGCCUUGAGGAGGAGGGUGACCUGGUAUGGGCCGAAGCUUCUCUGGGGCCCACUGCAGCCGGAAAGUCCCUCCAGCAACUCCCACGACCAGAGCCUUCAGCUUGCCGCAUCAAAGCUUCACGAGCCCUGAAGAAGAAGAUUCGACGCUUCCAGCCUGCCUCGCUGAAGGUCAUGACCCUGGUGUAGAAGAGUUACCUCGGGCAACAUAUUUGUCAAUGGGUGAAAAAAAAAAAAAAAAAACAGAACUGUGGGAAACAUAACUUUGUUGGGAAAAUCUCAAUUCUACCCUUCUUUUUUCUGAUUGUUUUUCAUGAUCAUUGUUAUAACCAAAACUUUGUUUUUUUUUUAUUAGAAAAGCAUGCUUGUAUAACACAAUUAUACUUACACGUAUUUGUAAAUCUUGAUCUUGUUCUAAUUCAUUUCUCA